UAUUUUUUUCUGAUCUGAAAAGAAGAAAAAUCUAAAGCGAGCAGCUGGCUGGAUGCUGGUCCAUCGAGCGGCCGGGACUGACAUGAGGCCGCCGUCUUCUUCUUCUUCCAUCGUUGCCGCCGCUGCAACAGCUCCCUCCUCCUCCACUGCUCCCCCUGUUGCAGUCACAACCAGGAGAGCACUUCUCUUCUCCACCUCGUUCAUCGCGCUCGCACCUGCUGCAGCAGCUCAGGCCGCCAACCCCUCCUCCACGCCCUACUCCCAGUCCAGGACCCUGCAGAUCGGCCUCGACACCAACGGGAAGAUUCGGACAUGCCCCUCCACCAAUCCCGGGUGCGUGUGCACCAACCCCACCGUCGGCGCCUCCUCCUCCGUCGCCUCCCCGCUCAUCAUCCCGGAGUCCACCUCCGCCGACGCUGCCGCCCAGUUGUUGCGGCAAGCCAUCCUCAAGACGCAGAAGAAUGUCAGCUUCAACGUUGAUCAGCAAACUCCCAAUGGCCAGUACAUCCAGGCGGAGGUGGACGGUGGUUUCGGCCGGGACGUGAUGGAGUUCCUUGUGAAGAAAGACGCCGGCGUGGUGGCCUACCGCUGCGUGGCCACCAAGGUCACCUUUGUCUACCCCUUCACCACCGCCGUCGGCGACUCGCGGGGACAGGAGCAGAGGGUCGCCGCCGUCGCGCAGGAGCUCGGGUGGUACGCGCCCGACAUAAGAUCCUCCGUCGACGACGUUGCUACGUAAUCAAGCUACGUAACGCGCCGACUGUGAGAUGCGUUUCAAGAUCAAACGACAUGCGUGCAAGAGAUUGGUAUGUAUGCAGAUUGAUUGAUCAUGGUCAUGGACCAGAUAAUUUGACUUUUAAUUUUUUAGUUGGGACUCAUAAUUUGUCGUCCAACCACCGAUGUACUAUGGACAAUAGUUGCUGGGCCCAUCUCCCCUAGUAAAACAGUUUAAUAUUUGUUUGGGACAACACUACACAUUUUUUACGGAAUCAAUUUACGGGCUUCGGUGGCAUUA